CCUCGCGUCUAUCAGCACGUGGCCCUUCGGUCGCGCCUGCAAAGGAAACCUUAAGUUAACCAUAGCUAUUAUCUCUAACAGCCGUACUUUAGAACCCGAAGCCCUUCAUAGACACUCGCAACGAUGUGUUUCGUGUUCUCGUGUUUCCUGCCAAAAGUAACACGAAGCCUUUACGCCAUUUAAAUUAAAACAUUACCCAAUAAUUUUACUUAAUUUACAGCUGAUAAAUAUCUCACCAAUGCAUUUCUUCUUGUUUCAUUCACAACAAUGUAACUUUUUAUAAUGUUGUUUAUAAUGUAAGAGCCAUUAUUAAAUUUCUUAACUGAGUAAUACAAGAAAAUGUGGUGAGUAAGCCAUUAUGGUGGGUGUAAGACAUUCAUGAAACUAGUGACGCGGGACAACGGGGCCUGUAUUACUUCAUUCCGCAGUCAAUCUGGUACCCGUCCAGAGCUGGAGGAGUGAAAGAAAAGAGGUUUACAGAUGCAGGGUUCGAGAACAAAGCCGUCGACUGAGUCAGGAGACGUGGGUCAGACGACCUUAAAUCACUUGGUUUCUAAAUAGCCGUGUGCAGAAAGAGGAACAGCUCUUGUACCUGAGGCACAGCUCCCUCUGAGCUGGAGAACUAACAGCAUUUACCACAUUUGGGAGCUGUGAACGUUGCAGUACAGUUGUUUCUGUAAAUAACCCUGAAACAGGUGUGGACCCUGCAUCUGACAUGAUCCCGGCUGGUGCAAUGCCCUCCCCCAACCACUCCCUGGUAGAUGGUAUACUGUACCCUUGACCCCAGGGAGGUUUCACUUCAUCGUGUCUGAAGCAAAUGUCUUUUCCAUAUGGUAGAAUAGUUGGCAAGACCUUCAGCGUCUCCUUGACGACGAAUGAGUACAGAGAACAUCGGCGGCGUUAUGGAGCGUAAAGAGGGGUCGAGGAGGCGGCUCUCCCACGUAUGCAUUGUCUUGUUCAGCGAGAGCAGCAAACCAGGGGAUGAAGCGGCCCUUUGAGGAGGUCAUCAAGGCCAACAUUGGGGAUGCUCACGCUAUGGGCCAGCAGCCAAUCACCUUCCUCCGGCAGGUUGUGGCCCUCUGCACAUGUCCAGAGCUGCUGGAGAGUCCCGCCUUCCCGGAAGAUGCUAAAAUACGAGCUCGGCGCAUCCUGCAGGGCUGUGGGGGGAAGAGCCUCGGCUCGUAUAGCGACAGCCAGGGGGUGGACUGCAUCCGGAAGGAUAUUGCCGCGUACCUGGAGCGCCGGGAUCAGGGGGUACCUGCCAACUGGGAGGACAUUUACCUCACCACUGGAGCCAGCGAUGGCAUUAUGAGCAUCCUGAAGCUGCUGGUUUCAGGCCAGGGCCUGUCUAGGACCGGGGUUAUGAUCCCAAUUCCGCAGUACCCACUGUACUCGGCGGCCAUCUCUGAGCUGGAGGCCGUGCAGGUCAACUACUACCUGGAUGAGGAGCACUGCUGGGCGCUGGACGUCAACGAGCUGCGCAGGGCCUACUGGGAGGCCAAGCGCUAUUGCAAUCCCAAGGUGCUUUGCAUCAUCAACCCAGGGAACCCCACAGGUCAGGUGCAGAGCAGGAAGUGCAUCGAAGAUGUCCUGCACUUCGCCUACGAGGAGAAGCUCUUUGUCAUGUCUGAUGAGGUAUACCAGGACAACGUCUACUCCCCCGACUGCCAGUUCCACUCCUUUAAGAAGGUCUUGUACGAGAUGGGGCCCGAGUACUUUGACAGUGUGGAGCUCACCUCCUUCCACUCCACCUCCAAGGGCUACACAGGAGAGUGUGGCUUCCGUGGGGGCUACAUGGAGGUCAUCAACAUGGCAGCUGAGGUGAAAGCCCAGCUGGUGAAGCUGCUGUCGGUGCGACUCUGCCCACCCGUCUCCGGACAGGCAGCCAUGGACGUCGUGGUCAACCCACCACAGCAAGGGGAGCCCUCCUACCCACAGUUCCUCAAGGAGAAGAUGCUGGUACUGAGUGCCCUGGCUGAGAAGGCCAAGAUGACGGAGGAGAUCCUCAACAAGGUUCCCGGCAUCAAAUGUAACCCUGUGCAGGGAGCUAUGUACGCCUUCCCACGUAUCUUCAUCCCGCCCCAAGCCAUCGAGGAGGCCAAGGCUCUGGGGAUGCCACCGGAUAUGCUGUACUGCCUGCGCCUCCUGGAGGAAACGGGGAUCUGCAUCGUUCCGGGCAGCGGGUUUGGUCAGAAGGAGGGAACCUACCACUUCAGAAUGACCAUCCUCCCACCUACAGAGAAGCUGAAGGUUCUCCUUGAGAAGCUCUCUGCCUUCCAUAUCAAGUUUCUGGAGGAGUACGCUGCACUACAAGAACCUUCCAGAUGAACAUUCCCACGUUGGUCGACGGGGGACAUACCGGAGCAGCCCGGGUUCAACCCAGUUAGAAUUCUUAUUGCAGUUAUGAAAGGGAUGUAGUGUUUAUUUUUUCUGCGCCUGUAGCUUGGAGUGUUGAGAUUAGGGUUCAGGUUUUGGGGGGGUGUUUUGUGCCUUGGGUUUUUAGGCAGGGGUGCAUACGGGGUGAAACAGAUACGAAAUGUAACAAUUGUGCAUGAUGUGAACACUAAAGCGAUGCACAGAAAACUGGUUGUUUCUUGGGGUGGGGCCGUUCUGGGGAACAUGAAAAUCAAUCCUUUCACUUUGUGUUUUAUAGCACCCCCCCCAGCUCUCCAGCAAAGUUCAUUGUGUAUAAUUCAUAAGUCAAGUCUUGAAUCUGUUCCGUCUCCUCCGUUCUUGUUUUUCAAGGGACGCAAAGAGGUGUGGACAGUCCAGGUUGUGAGGUUACACCGCAGUGGGAUGCAGAAAAUACCUCGUUUUUACGGUGCCAAAAAUUAUUUCUGAAACAAAACAUCGCUGCGCUAGUAAACAAAGUGGACAUCUGGUGACGAUAAAUUGAAAGAUUUGUGAAACGUAGCGCCCCCCUAUGUCAGCAAUAAAUAAUUACAGGUCUCAUUUAUGCUAAAAUUGUGUUUAUUACUGAUUUGAAUGUUUUGAAAAAGAAAGUGAUAUUAUGUCAUGACAGAUGAAGAAUUGAAUGUUUCUGAAGUGCCCACCUGUAGUCAGUGGCAUUUCACUUACUGUUAAGGUGGAAAGAAUGGAAUCCUUCUUAUAGUGUUUGUGAGGCACUUAAACACUUAGCAGUUGCGCAUAUUUUUUUUUUUUUUUUUCCCCUGACCAAGCAAAACCAGCCAAUUGGUCACAUAAAUGUACAUUUCAUUAGAUUUUUAGAUAACUCCUAACCCUAAAAAACGUGCCACUUUGUUAACCAGUGCGCCACCUUCUCUCCAGCAACUGAGGCACUGCACGGAAGCCAGUUUCCCUAAGGCCGGUCCCGUUUCCAUGGCAACCUCACUAAAUGGCAUUAUCCUGGCCAGUGUCUGGAGCUGUGCAGCGGCCCUCAGGUUCUUGAAGUGCAGCAUCCGUGUGUGUUGUGUUGCACACAUCACGCGUGAUUGCUGUCCCCUCACAUACGGUGUGGGUGAGAAUGCCAAACGUGAAGAGCACCUACUUGGACGAGCGGCACGGUACAGGACUCCGAGAGGCAGCACAAUCUUGUUAAGCUAGAAGUUGCUGUUUGGGACUGAAGGUCUUGACCACUUCCUAUACCGGGGCUGCAUUAGCGCUAAUGCAGCAAACUGGGGGCGUCGCAUAAUGCUCAGCGCCCGGAAGAGUGCCGAUUCUCCACUCUGUGCAAUAUGUUGUGUGUCUGGGUUUUUAACUGUUCUAACUAUCGGAACGGAGACGUCUGAGCGUGUCGACAGUCGCUCCGUGCAAAGAGUUUGCGUCGCUUCCCAAACCCAUCUUUGUUUUGCCAUCUAGGUUCUGGUGCCUUUGUUUGUGGCGAAGCAGCUCUUUGCACCAACCGACUGAACAUUUAUGAAAUUAUGACAAAUGUGUUUUAUCAUGUGUACUAAAAAUUUAUGUGUCUGCAACGCUGUCAUUUUUGUACUAAUGCAUAAUCACUCAUGUAACACUCCUCGGGGCGAUUUUGGGAAUAAUGAGAAAUGGCGAUCCAAGACAACGGCUUUUCACAAGGCACAAGUUGAGGUACUCUGAGUGAGUUGAAUGUUGGCUGUCAGUUCCAUCUCAAGCAGCAUUUUCUGAGACAGGAUUUUCAAGAUUUUUGUCACUUUAACAAUCCUGCAAUCCUUAGUCUCUCCAAACCAGAGAGCUGCUUGUCAACUGUUUGGACAGAGGACAGCUGCUCUGCAUGUUGGUCCCUGCGGUGUGCAGUACAAACCAUCAAACGCUGUAAGGGUUCACUGACAAAUGAUGCAUUAAAUUCUUUGGAAAGGUACUUUGGGAAUGCAGACCUGCCUCACAGUGUUCCGACACGAAGUCGACAUAAUGAAAGACUUGGUUGGAUACAUUUGCCUUUUCGGGGUUAUGCUUUCUUAUAGAUGUUUAAAUUUUUUGCAUACAUUUCCAUUAAAAC